AUGGCAUCGACGUUUUUUAUAAAAGGAAAAGACAACCAAAAGUUUGCCAGAAAGAACAAAAACACAGCAGUAAAACGGAAGAAUGACGGAAACACUAAAGUUAAUCCCAAGGCCAAGAAACCCAAUAAACACAACGAGGAAAUAUCCAGCGAUUCAGAAACAGAAGGUGCUGUCGUUUCAAAUAAGAAAAAGGCAAGAGAAGAGUUUGAAUAUGAUGAAACGCCUCAAGAAAAGAAGCUCAGGUUGGCUAAGAAGUAUCUUGAACAGUUGCAAGAGGAAGAGGAGAAAAAAGCGGACGAUGAGUCAUUUGAGACAGAUUUGAUUGCAGGAAGACUUCAAGAAGAAGUUCUUGAACAGAAAGGAAAACUCCAACGACUUAUUGCCAAAGACUUACUGCCGCCUGAUCCCUCAGAAAUUCGUGUUUUAAGAGGUCACAAACUUCCUGUCACUUGUCUCGUCAUCUCGUCUGAUGAAAAAUACAUCUUCUCUGCCUCCAAAGACUGUUCAAUUAUUAAAUGGGAUGUUCAAAGUGGAAAGAGGCUACAUACAAUUAAAGGUGUGAGAAAAGGAGAUCAGCAUGUGGGACACUCUGCCUGUAUCCUGUGUUUGACCAUAUCGUCUGAUGGAAAGUACUUGGCUACUGGUGAUAUGAAUAAACUAAUCAUGAUUUGGGAAGCUGACACGUGUAAACAUCUCUACAAGUUUACGGGGCAUAAAGGGCCAGUGUCUGGGCUUUCUUUCAGAAAAGGAACUCACGAUCUGUACAGUGCGUCUCACGAUCGAUCUGUGAAAGUCUGGAAUGUGGAUGAAAAUGCCUACGUUGAAACGCUAUUCGGACACCAGGACAGCAUCACGGGGCUGGACAGCUUGAGUCGUGAGCGCUGUGUGACAGUGGGGGGUCGUGAUGGCAGCGUGCGCGUGUGGAAGAUCGCGGAGGAAUCACAGCUCGUGUUUCACGGACACAAUGGUUCGAUUGACUGUGUCCAACUCAUAAAUGAGGAGCACAUGAUUACCGGAGCUGACGAUGGCUCUGUGUGUCUUUGGAGUGUGAACAAGAAGAAGCCUGUGGCCACGGUGAAACAGGCCCAUGGUAGUCAUGGUGACCCGGGUCUGGAGCGCCCCCUGUGGGUCACAUCUGUGGCUGCGCUGCAGAACUCGGACACCGUCGCCUCAGGUGCCUGCAGCUGCUCACACAACUCUGAGGUGCAGCUCUGGAAGUGUUCCCAAUACUACAGAGGCCUGGAGCUGCUGUUCUCUGUCACCGUGCCUGGUUUUGUGAACAGUCUGAAGUUUUCUAGCUCAGGUCACUUCCUGGUCGCAGGAGUGGGACAGGAACACAGACUGGGCAGAUGGUGGAGACUAAAAGAAGCAAAGAAUGGUAUAUAUAUUAUCCCGCUGAAGAGAAAACAGCCGGCUGCUGAAGAUGCCAAUGAGGCUGAGGCGUGA